AUGUCAAAUUUAGAUGCCCUAGAGGCCGAAUUCGGUCGUGAAAAGAAGGACGAAACAAGAGUGACGGCCGCCAAUGCUGACUCGGACAGCUUCGAAUAUAACGAGGGUGCCGAUCAGUCAAAAAACCUCGACCUAGGCGGAGGAUCCGGUCAAACUACCAAAGACCACGGGAAAUACGGCUCCGGUUGGGGUUCGAAUUACGGUUCCUCCAGCGGCGUGCCACACAUUCCUGCGUAUGAAGAGCCCAAAGUGGACUUGAAAGACUGGUAUGACGAUAAGUUGAGACCUUACUUGACGGUGCGCAGUGUCAUUUCGUACGUACACAGCUUGUUCCCGUUUUUGAACUGGAUCCACCACUACAACGUGCGCUGGUUGUACCAGGACGUGGUGGCUGGUAUCACCGUGGGAUGUGUGCUGGUGCCACAAUCGAUGUCUUACGCUCAGAUCGCCCUUUUGCCUCCACAAUUUGGUCUGUAUUCGUCGUUCAUCGGGGCGAUGAUUUACUCGUUUUUCGCUACCAGCAAAGACGUGUGCAUUGGGCCUGUGGCCGUAAUGUCACUGCAAACCGCUAAAGUGGUGACCGCUGUGUUGGCCAAGUAUCCUCAAGAUUCGGAAGUCACGGGUCCAAUUAUUGCCACAGCGCUGGCGCUGUUGUGUGGGAUCAUCGCUCUGGGUUUGGGCGUCCUGAGACUAGGGUUUUUGGUAGAGCUCAUCUCGACAACCGCGGUGGGAGGAUUUAUGACGGGCUCUGCGCUCAACAUCAUUGCAGGACAGGUUCCUGCGUUGAUGGGUUACAACAAGCUGGUGAACACUCGUACCAGCACGUACAAGGUGAUCAUAGAGACGCUCAAGCACUUGCCCAACACCAAGUUGGACGCUGCGUUUGGUUUGGUGCCACUGUUCAUUCUGUAUCUGUGGAAAUGGUUCUGCAAUACCGCUGGCCCCAAGCUCGUGGAGCGCUACAGUAGACGCCAACGCACUUCCACGAUCUGGCGGGCUGUUUUCUUCUACUCCCAGGCUCUUCGUAACGCCGUGGUUAUCAUAGUUUGCACCGCGAUCGCCUGGGGUAUUAGCCACAACAAGAAAACGGCUCCAAUCUCUCUUUUGGGUAAAGUUCCAUCGGGUCUGAAAGACGUUGGUGUCAUGAAGGUUCCUGAAGGUUUACUGGCAAAGAUUGCUCCAGAAUUGCCCGCCUCCGUCAUCGUGUUGCUCUUGGAACACAUCGCCAUCUCCAAGGCUUUCGGUAGAGUCAACGACUACCGUGUGGUACCCGACCAAGAGCUCAUUGCCAUUGGUGCGACCAACUUGAUUGGUACUUUUUUCAACGCUUAUCCAGCUACGGGUUCGUUCUCUAGAUCCGCUUUGAAGGCUAAAUGUAACGUCAGCACUCCUUUGUCGGGUCUUUUCUCUGGUGCAUGUGUGUUGAUCGCCAUCUACUGUCUAACUUCUGCUUUCCGCUUCAUUCCAAAGGCCACUUUGAGUGCAGUUAUUAUUCACGCGGUUAGCGACUUGUUUGCAUCCUACCAGACCACCUGGGGAUUUUUCCGUACCAGUCCACCAGAUUUCGUGUGUUUCAUUGUGACCGUUUUUAUCACUGUUUUCAGUAGUAUCGAAAAUGGUAUCUAUUUCGCUAUGUGUUGGUCUGUUGCCGUGUUGUUGUGGAAAGUGGCUUUCCCAAGCGGUCAAUUUUUGGGCCGUGUUGACGUUGCCGAAGUUAUCAAUCCUGUGAUCACUGGCGGUGACCAUGGUGAUUCCAACGAGGGUCAAUUGAACUCGGACGGUAGCGUUAUUGGAUCAUACUCCGACGUGUGGCCUGAAUACAAGCUCAAGGGUCAAACUGAUAUCGAAACUGCCGCUCCUAUAAUAGGCGAGGAGCUGAAACGCACGGCUACUCUAGCUCCUAGAACGGGAUCCAGCGUCAAAUUCCACACCAAAUGGGUUCCAUUUGACCAGUACAACAGAGAAGUCAACCCCGGUGUCAUUGUGCGUCCUCCUCCUCCAGGUGUUAUAGUCUUCCGCCCCAGCGAAAGUUGGACCUACAUCAACUGUUCCCGCCAAUACAACGCUAUUUUCGACGAGGUGACGCGCCUCACUCGCAGAGGCCGUCUGUACCUGCCAAAUUCUGGCAACAAGCGUUGGAACGACCCUGGCGAAUGGACUCCUCCUACGUUUUACAAGAAGUUGUUCAAAAAUAAGAGAUCUGGGGGUGCCAAUGCCAGUGGCUACGGCGCCCACGACGACGGAAAUGAAGCUGUUGUUGUGAGGGACGACCGUCCCGUCCUGCGCGUUAUCGCUUUUGACUGGUCGCAAGUGGCACAAGCCGAUGCUACGGGUCUGCAGACUUUGGUGGAUCUACGUAAGGCCGUGAACCAAUACGCCGAUCGCCAAGUCGAGUUCCAUUUCAGCGGGAUCAUCUCCCCGUGGAUCAAGCGUGGUUUGAUCAACGUUGGUUUCGGAACCGUCAACGCAGAAUACUCUGAUGAGUCGCUGCUGGCCGGCCACGCAAGCUACCAUGUGCUCAAGGCGUCUCCCCUAACCGCUUCCGAUCCCGUUGACGAUACUGAGUCUCGUCAAAACGCCAUCUACAGCGCCUCUGGCACCAACAAUCCGUUCUUCCAUCUGGAGAUGCCAGAUUUUGCCCAAUGGGAUUUGGCACACGAGUCUCUUUGA